AUGAGAGAAAAGGAAAAGGUAAAAUUAAUAGUUAAUAAUGAUGUUGACUUUGAGGAUAAUCAUGUUUUUUUAAGGAAAGGAAAGGGAAAAGCAAAAGUAAUAGUUAAUGAUAAUGUUGACUUUGAGAAUAAUCAUGCUUUUAUAAGCGAGGACUUAAAUAAUACUUCUUCAGGAGAGAAAUUGAAUAAUGUUUCUUCUAUAUCAAAUGCUGAGUCUGAAAUUAAUGAACAUUCAGUUCAUGAUAAUGAUUAUAGUCUUAUUAUGAAACACCUUAUAACAUUAGAAGCUAAAAAU